AUGUCUCCAAGUAGACUCAGAUGUGUCUACCCCAACACAAUGCAGUAUCAUCAAGGUAUUCCUAAAGAAAGUCACUAUCAAUCCAAUAAACUUCAGUUAUGUACUUCUAUUAAGCAUUCAUCAACAGAAAACAGACCAAGCAGACGGCUUGGGUUUUGCCAGACACCCAAUUUGUCCAUCACGCUUAACAUAUCAGUACCAGGCAUGAACACUCAUUUGUCUCUUCACGACAUAUCCAGGGCAUUUUUUAUCAAAGAUGCUGGCAUACAGACCUUGGGCGGAGGCUUAGAACUGUGGCAUGGUUACUUCAACAACUCUCAGCUUGAGAACUCCACUGUUAGUAAGGAUUGCCUGCCACUCACCAGCACUGGAACCGACAACUCGAUCACAGCCGACCAACGCUCUGCACUAGAUUAUUUAAAUUCACCGUUCUUGCAAGAUGCUGGGAUCACUGUAACUCCCAAGCCAAUCUCAGUCACCAGUUUAUUGUCCUGGGGGAUCCUUAAUUACACAAGGGUCACUAAUGCCAUCAACCGCACUCAUGCCAGCAAAUCUGGUUUUGUUGGAUGA